AUGUGGCCGACUUGUUCCCAUCGCUUUUCCCGUUUUUUCUUCCGGUCAGGUACCGCGGGUCGUACUCGCCCGGCGGUAGCGGCGGAAGCGGAGGCGGCGGAGGCGGCGGGGAAGGCGGUGGCGGGGGGUUGGGCGGAGGGGGAGAAGGAGGAGGCGGAAGCGGUGGGGGAGAAGGAGGCGGGGGUGGAGGGGGUGGGGGGGAAGGGGGUGGGGGAGGUGGAGGGGAAGGUGGCGGAACGGGCGGGCGUGGUGGUGGGGGUGGGGGAAGAGUCGGAGGCGGAGGUUUUGGGGGGGAUGGCGGAGGACGGGGCGGCGGCGAUGGGGGAGGUCGAGGGGGAGGCGGACGGGGCGAGGGCGGAGGGGGGCGCGGGGGGGGGGGAAGGCGGGGGACUCGGCGGGGGAGUCGGCGGCUGCGGUGGCCGAGGGGGGGUAGGUGCGGGUGGCGGCGGUCGACGGGAAGGCGGAGACGGUGGCGGGGAUGGGGGAGGCCGCGGGGGAGGUCGCGGGGGAGGUGGGCGAGGGGGAGACGGCGGGGGAGGAGAUGGGGAGCGAGGAGGCGGGAGGGGAGGGGGACUGGGAGGGAGAGAUGGAGGGGGAGAUGGAGGGCGGGGCGGGGGAGAGGGUGGGGGAGACGGAGGGGAAGGGGGGGGACGCGGAGGGCUGCGCGGAGGUGAUGGCGGAGAUGGUGGCGGGGAGGGCGGGCGGGGAGGAGGGCGCGGGGGGCGGGGAGGAGGCCGAGGCGGCGGGGAAGGAGGGCGCGGAGGCGGGGGAGGAGAUCGUUUCGGAGGCGGUGGGCUGGGCGGGGCGCUGGGCGGCGGCUUCGGCGGCGGGCUUGGCGGCGGCCGCGGAGGCGGCGGUCGGGGAGGCGGCGGGGACGAAAGAAGCGCAUCGGGCGGGAAAUUGUCAGGUUUCUUUGGGGGUCUCGCCUUGCCGUGGGGUGGGGGGGACUUUAUCCGGAAGGGCGGGGGGGACUUCUUGCGGAAGGGCGGGGGAGAUUUCUUGUGGCGGAACGGCGGAGGGGAUCUGCGCCGAUGGGGAGGGGGAGAUUUCCAGCGGAAGACAGGGGGAGACUUUUUCGCCGCCGUCCCCUUAUGCGGAGGAGGGGAGCGCGGGGAGGCCGAAGACCGAGGCGGAGGCGGGCGCGCGGACUGGGCCCGCACGGGGGGACGCGGUAUUUUCUUCGGAGGCAGUUUCUUGGAGCACGCGGGGAACGGCGCGCAUCCCGCCACGGCCGCGGGGCGCCCGCCGUUCCACGCGCAAGUCGCGGACGCGCAAGGGUCGGGAUCCGCGCAGCCGUCUGGUGGGAGGAACGGGGGAGCGGAAGAACAUAAGCGGAAGACGGAACGAACUUAA